UUAGUUUGCAUGUCCAGGAGCUGGAAGCUCAACAGAUUAUACCGGAUGGCUCAGCCAAAGCAAUGUUGAAAGAGUCUCCUUUGUCAAAAAAGGGCCCUUGGAAGUUCUCUCUGGGGUUGGAGAACGCUGUGCACUCAAUAACACAGCGCUGUCUCACUGACUUUGAGCCAGCAGUGCAGCCACCGCAACCUGGGUUGCCUGAUCCCAAAGCGCUGGAACACAGGAAGACUUUGAUCCUGACGUCGGACGAAGAACCCGAACAGCAGAAGUGCGAAAACUAUCUUCUAUAUAGCACUCACCUACGAGCGUUGAGGAAGCGAGAAGAACAUCACCGGAUGCAUAACGACGCAGACAACUGUGUGAAAGCGCGUGGACUAUGGGGCGUGGUGGCCUGUGUGCGGCACAUUGUGAGAAGCUGCAGGGGCCCCUUCGACAGUCAUGAGUGGGGAAGGGAGUUGGCUCAGAUAGCGCAUUGCUAUUUGGACAUCCAUGACCCCUACUCUACUGAGUUCCAGGACGCCCUCGAGGGUAUAUGCAUGGACCAAGCGCUUCCUCGUGACACACCUCCAGAGAUUGUCCACCAACGCUGCAGAGAUGGGAUUGCUGGGUGGUCCACAACAGAUGCAGCGCUGUCAAGAUGGUUCAACUGGGACUCCGCUUGGAAAACAAUUGGACCACAUUGGCAUUUUCUCCGCAAGAUCUACAAGUUCUACCUCACAUUGAAGGGAGAGGCUCCAGAGGAGGAACCUGCGGACGACUGUGAGAAGCACUUUAGAAAAGCAGUAGAUUCAUUACGAGGAGGAUCAGAAGCGGCAAAAGCAUCACUGCUCAAGGCCUUGAAGGAGCUGCACGCUCAGCGAAGUCAUCUACAAAUUUCCUUUGACCUGCUGUGCGAUGAGCGAAUUCGAGAGUAUGCGCACAUGAUAUUUUUUGCCCGCAAAGCUCUGAAUACCGAACACCUGGAGCUCAUGGACGCCACCAACACACGCGAAACAAACAUGCAGUGGCAGGCUGACUUGGCCUGCAGGACAUGGACCCAAACCCUUUCCAAGAUGUUUGACAAGCUCACAGAUGCAUUUGCUCUUGGGCAGCUGGGAAUCCGCAAUGCUGAUGGUGCAAGUGAUUGCGCCAGAGAAGCUGCGUCCGACUUUUUCCAGCUGAUUGUUUCAGCUGUCUCGAAGAGGGCUUGGAGCAUGAUGAUUUGGUCUGAGGUAUCUCCGCUUUCCUGGGCAGGGUUGCUGCACAAGAACACCGACCGUGUCUCCCAGAAGUUGUCUGAGCUGGAAGAGGAACAGUCAGUCAUUGUUGAAGCUUGGGACUACCUCACAAAGAAAGAAGGGGAUUGGAAGGGGCUGGAGCUUUGCUUCUCCGAGCUGUGGUACCACCGAGAGACAUUGGUCCAGGAGUUUUGGAAGCACGCAGAGAUGUUCUCGUGGCAACUGGAUGCCCUGUAUGGCCAUGUUUACAGACUCUUUGACACCGUCGUCAGUACGAAAGAGCCUCUGGAGGAUUCGUUCUCGACCAUUGCCAACAAAAUACGCAGUCAGAACAAGAACUACAGGACAUCAACUUUGGAGCGCCUCUGGUUCAUCAUGACAAUGAGCCCCCGGAUGAACAGGGAAGAGUUUCCACUGGCGCAUUUGACGGAGGUUGAUGUUUUCGACCGGGGCGCGCGCAGACAACACCAGACCCAGGCAGUUUUCUUUCCUGCGCAACAUGUGCGGCGAAGCUCGGAUGUUUGUGACAAGAUCAAGAGGGACACUUGCGCAAGAGGCAACAAGAACACAACCAAGAGCUGUGGCCUCAGAGCGAGGAAAGAUCAGGUCUACAGGCCAGCUGGCCAGCAAGGUGAGUUCAGAUCAGUGUCUGCAUUCCUGGCUAUGAAGUUGAGCCGGCAAAGCAGCUUCAGGGAUGUUGGUAGCAUGUGGAAGGGCUUGGUCUUCUUGCCAGGCCAUAUCUACCUCGAGAAGUCCUCUGGCCAAUUCCUGUUGUGUCUUGGAUUUCAUUUCUUGACGGGGUUGGCGUGGAGGCUUGAGGAAGUGCUGCCCGGUGUUUUUGCGCCUGCGAAGGCGCAGGACCUGGUCGUGAUGACUGCAACCGUCUUGGGCAAACCCGGAAAGCCCGAGGACGAAGCUCUUGCAGGAGUUCCAGCAAGUGUAUGCCUCCACGAGCCUAGCAGCAGCAGGGUGCGCAUAUGUUUGAAGAGGUCUUCAGCAGAUCUGUGUCUCAUGGGCUUUUGGUUACAGUUCGUACCUAAAGCUCCAAACCAAGAGACACUGCGGCGCUUGUGCGAGGACUGUGGAGUUGCAGUGGAAGCAAAGGGCAAACGAACGAACGCAAACAUGGUGGCUGCUCUGGUAGCGGCGUAUUGCGCUCAUUUGCCUCAAGUGGAUCAAGAUGCUUUGGUAAAACGGCUGGCCACUGCCAACAUCAAGAAGGAGGAUGAGCGCGACACAGCGAGAGGGUACAAACCCAAAUGCUUGAGGGAGGUGCUAGGCGCAAUGAGCUACGAGCCUGAUUCAAAGAAGUUUUUUGACCUUUUUGAGCAGGUCAAUGAUGAGCACAGGCGCGAAUUGGUGCUUGAACGAUGUGGAUACACCCGGGAAGCAGGAGUCCAGAGGACACCUCGCAUUGUGAAGGACCUUCGUCCUCAACGACAUGGCUGCUAUCUGGUCUGGCAGACUUCUGCAAGUAUAGCUGCGUUUGAGGGGUACUACCCCCUCAAGCCCGAGGAGCUUGCGAAGCAGAAGGACACAAGCGGCCGGCCAAGCUCAAAGCGAAUCCAGGAUACUUUGGACCGAGUACUUGCAGGGGAAGUUGAUCCGGGGCCAGUCGAUGACGACGCGGCUGGUCUAGAUGCUGCUGCUGCGGCGGCAGUGUCUGAGAAGGCAGCCGAGCCAGAGCCUGAUGCUCCAGAGGAGGACGCAGCUGAUGCAGCGCUGUCUUCCUCUUCUAGUUCAUCAAGUUCCUCCUCAUCAUCGUCUAGUUCAUCCUCCAGCCCGAGACGAAAGAAGCGACAGAAUUCCAAACUGUCCAAGCAGGACAAAGCUGCUAGCAAAGCCAAAGCCGCCAGCAAACCCAAAGCCGCUAGCAAGCCCAAAGCUGCUGCCAAGCCGAAAGGGAAGAGUAACGCCAAGGCCAAAUCAGGCCCUACUCCUUUGGAGAUCGAUGAGACAAUGGCGCCUCCGAGCCAUAUGAAGCAUGUGGCUGCCAUCAUGAACAGCGCGAGUAGUGCCACAGCGUCCAAGAGAGCUUCUUCUUCCAAGGGCUCUUCGAACGAAGAACCCAAGAAGAAAGCCAAGAAGUGAUUUCAC